UGACUGACAGAAGACAGAAGUGGUCCAGGAGGGAGAGAGUACAAUUAUCUGAUGCAAGUAGAGCAAGGCUGAGGCCACAUUGACAGUAGCGUUAUAGCAAGGAAGACGGAAAUUUUAGAGAAAGUGAGUGACUGGGAGUCUCUAAUGGAAUAGAUACCGUGGAACAGCAUCAAUUGGAAAAUAGAAAACCAAGGUUUCUUGAGUGUGGAAAGUGAAAGAAAAUAACUUAAGGCAUUAGAAGAAAAUAAGAUCAGGUGGAAAAGUGCAGCACAGUGGACAAAGGAGACAGUGGACAAGGGAGACAGUGGACAAUAACAUCUAAGAAACCAUCAUAACUGGAUAAGAAGACACACAAACUAUCAUCAAAGGAACUGGAAGAGAUCCUCAGCAGUAGAGAGAGAUAUUCGGAGAUGGGGAGCGGAGCUAGUGCACAAGAUAAAGAGCUGGCCAGGAGAUCCCGUGAGCUGGAGAAGAAGUUGCAAGAGGAUGCUGCCAAAGAUGCCAAGACUGUGAAGCUGUUACUGCUGGGAGCCGGUGAAUCUGGGAAGAGUACAAUUGUUAAGCAGAUGAAGAUCAUUCAUCAGGAUGGAUAUACACAAGAGGAAUGUCUGGAGUUUAAGUCUAUCAUUUAUGGAAAUGUGCUGCAGUCCAUCCUGGCCAUAAUCCGUGCCAUGUCCACUCUGGGCAUAGACUAUGGGGACAUGAGUAGAGCGGAUGAUGGACGUCUCCUUUGCCACUUGGCUGACUCCAUUGAAGAAGGUACUAUGCCUCCAGAACUGGUGGAUGUGAUCAAGAGGCUCUGGAAAGAUGAGGGGGUACAGGUCUCCUUUGAGAGAGCAGCAGAAUACCAGUUAAACGAUUCUGCAUCAUAUUACCUGAAUCAGCUGGACAGGAUCACUGCUCCAGAUUACAUUCCCAAUGAGCAGGAUGUACUGCGGUCCCGGGUGAAGACUACUGGUAUCAUCGAGACACAAUUUUCCUUCAAAGAUCUUCAUUUUAGGAUGUUUGAUGUUGGAGGUCAGAGGUCAGAACGUAAGAAGUGGAUCCACUGCUUUGAGGGAGUCACCUGUAUCAUAUUCUGCGGUGCACUUAGUGCCUAUGACAUGGUUCUGGUGGAAGAUGAGGAAGUGAACCGGAUGCACGAAUCUCUUCAUCUCUUCAACAGCAUCUGCAAUCACAAGUUCUUUGCUGCGACAUCCAUUGUCCUGUUCCUGAACAAAAAGGACCUCUUUGAGCAGAAAAUUAAGAAAGUCCACCUGAGUAUCUGUUUUCCAGAUUAUGAUGGUUCCAACUCAUAUGAAGAUGCAGGAAAUUAUAUAAAGAUGCAAUUCCUUGACUUGAAUAUGAGGAAAGAUUCGAAAGAAAUUUAUGGUCACUUGACCUGUGCCACUGACACACAGAAUGUGAAAUUUGUGUUUGAUGCUGUGACAGAUAUCAUCAUUAAGGAGACUCUGAAAGACUGUGGACUGUUCUGAGAUCCUUC